CCCUACCCGAUCCCCCACUGCCCGGCCCACACCACUCGGCACUCGCCUACCCCACCUCUAGCCUCGAGCUCCCGAUUCCCACAAUCCCCCAUCUCAGCCGGCAACCCUAGGCGGCGGCGGCCGGCGGCUGGUGGAGCUGGACGGUAACUGGGCGAGGGCGGCGUGCAGAGUGCUAGCUUGCACCGGGCGCACCGCGCGGCCGGGCACGGACGACGCUGCGGAGGCAAGACGCGCCGCGUGGUCGGGCACGGAUGGCAGGGGCUCGGUGAUGGGCAGUGCCGCGGUGGCAUCGGCUCCAGCUGCGCCUUCUUGGAUUCUCCCGGUCACUCAUUCUCCUUUCUCCAGCACACCGGCACCGCAAGGCGACAUUCUGAUCUGUGAACCGUAGGCCUGCAGUAACUCAGUAAGCUAGCAACUAAGGGUUCGGAGGCCUUCAGGGGAUUCGGGCCCGGGAGCACCGCGAUGAGCAUCGUGCCGAAGGAGACAAUCGAGGUCAUCGCCCAGAGCGUCGGUAUCCCUAGCCUUGGCGCCGAUGUCGCCGCCGCCCUCUCCCCCGACGUCGAGUACCGCCUCCGCGAGAUCAUGCAGGAGUCCAUUAAAUGUAUGCGGCAUGCAAAACGGACAGUUCUGACUGCAGAUGAUGUUGACAGUGCUCUCAGCCUAAGGAAUGUUGAGCCUGUAUAUGGAUUCGCUUCUGGUGAUCCAUUGCGGUUUAAGAGAGCUGUUGGACAUAAGGAUCUCUUCUAUCUUGAUGACCGGGAGGUAGACUUCAAAGAGAUUAUUGAAGCUCCUCUGCCAAAGGCCCCUCUUGACACAGCAGUUGUAGCCCAUUGGCUAGCGAUUGAGGGUGUGCAGCCUGCAAUUCCGGAGAAUCCUCCUAUUGAUGCAAUUAUACCACCAGCUGAAAAUAAAAGGUCGGAACAUGGGAAGGAUGAUGGGCUUGCCGUUGAUGUUAAGCUUCCUGUUAGGCAUGUAUUAUCUAGAGAACUACAGAUGUACUUUGAUAAAAUAGCUGAACUUACUAUGAGUAGAUCUGAUACGCCUCUUUUUAAAGAAGCUUUAGUGAGCUUGGCAAAAGAUUCAGGCCUUCAUCCAUUGGUUCCUUACUUUUCCUACUUCAUCGCAGAUGAGGUUACCAGGAGUUUGGGGGAUCUCCCUGUUUUAUUUGCUCUCAUGCGAGUAGUCCGAAGUCUUCUCCAUAAUCCACACAUUCAUAUUGAACCUUAUUUGCACCAGUUGAUGCCAUCAAUGAUCACUUGCAUUGUCGCAAAAAGGCUAGGGCAUAGGCUCUCUGAUAACCACUGGGAACUUAGAGACUUCUCUGCCAAUUUGGUUGCUUUGGUAUGCCAGAGGUUUGGUCAUGUCUAUCACAACCUUCAAAACCGGUUAACAAAAACAUUAAUCCAUGCGUUUCUUGAUCCUGCGAAAUCAUUGACCCAACAUUAUGGUGCUGUUCAAGGGAUAUCUGCAUUGGGGCCCAGUGCGAUUAGGCUGCUGAUUUUGCCCAACCUCGUGACAUAUAUGCAACUUCUGGAGCCAGAACUGCAGCUUGAGAAGCAGAAAAAUGAGAUGAAAAGGAAGGAAGCCUGGCGUGUUUAUGGUGCCUUGCUGUGUGCUGCAGGCAAAUGCUUGUAUGAUCGGCUCAAAUUAUUUCCUGUUUUGCUUUCUCCAUCGACACGUCCUCUUUUGAGGAGUGAUAAAAGGGUUUUAACCAAUAACCCAAAUAAGCGGAAAUCCAGCACAGAUCUCUCUGCAUCCCAGCCACCUCUGAAGAAGAUGGCGCCGGACACUUCAGUCAACUCCAUGGCAGGAAACAUGCAAGGAGCUAUGGAUGGCUUUUCCACUCAGUUGGGUAACCCUGGGAUGAUGCAGGCUUCAUCCUCCAGACAGAUGGUGGAGAGCAUCCCAUCAGCUGCGAUCCGGAGAGAUCAGGGCAGCGAUCUUGCGCAGAGAGUGUCCACGGUGCUGAGGCAAGCUUGGAAGGAGGAUCAGGAUGCCGGUCAUCUCCUGGGGUCACUGUAUGAGGUCUUUGGUGAAGCCAUCUUCUCCUUUGUCCAACCACCAGAGAUAUCCUUGUUUGUGUAGAAAAAGUGGAUUCAUAGGCUUGGAGGUAUUUCAAUCUGUGGUGUACAUGUAGGGACAAUAGGGACAGUUCCUGGGUGGAAUGUCUUACUGGAUUCUUGGAAUUGUUUCAAGAAAUAUGGAAGUUAUGUAACAGUAGGGACAGUUCCUUGGUGGGUGUGGUGUAACUUGCAUCAGUUGAUCUAGUGAGUUAUAGUAUAAUUUUAACCAAAAUUUGGCAGAGAUCUUGAAAACUGAA